AUGGAGGAAGGUCCCAACACUGAACUCGCCAAGGCGUUGCAGGCCCAGAUAGAAUCUCUCAACAAAAGGAUUCAUGAAUUGGAAGCUGCGAAUGCCCAGCUUUCUGCUCAGCUCUUGAGGUGCACCUGCGAGAAGACAAUAGCCAGUGAUAGAAUUAGUGGUUUAAACUCGAUGGAGAAAAUGAAAGGGAAAAAGGUUGAUGAAGAUGAUCUCAGAAAAACAUUGAAGGAGGAUGUGUCAGACACACGUAGAGAAGCUAUGGGUUUGCAUCAUUUUCCGAGGCGGCAUGUUGCUCUAAAAGUUAUGUAUUUUGGUCCAAGAUUUUACGGUUUUGCCUCGGAAGCACAGAUGGACCCGACCAUAGAGUCAGAAAUCUUUAAGGCCCUAAAGAAGACGAGGUUGAUAUCUAGUGAUAAGAAGGAAUUACAGUACUCUAGAUGCGGCAGAACAGACAAGGGAGUUUCUUCUGUUGGCCAAGUAAUUUCUUUAUUACUACGAUCAAAUCUCAAGGAAACAACAGGGACCGAUGGAUAUUCUGGAGAAUCUUCUGCCGAAGUAUCUCAUGGUAGCGAAAUAGAUUAUGUAAAGAUGCUAAACAAAGUACUUCCAAAAGACAUACGAGUUAUUGGGUGGUCACCUGCUCCAACUGAUUUCAGUGCAAGGUUCAAUUGCUUAAGCAGGGAAUACAAGUAUUUCUUCUGGAGAGAAAAUUUAAACAUUACAGUAAUGGAGAUUGCAGGAAAGAAAUUUACUGGAGAACACGAUUUCAGAAACUUCUGUAAGAUGGAUGCAGCUAAUGUUCACAACUAUAGGCGUCACAUUACAUCAUUUGAAAUUUUCCCAUGUAGUGAAAGGUUUGAAGAUGAUGAACUCUGGGCAAUGAAAAUCAAAGGCAGCGCUUUCCUAUGGCACCAGAUCCGAUGCAUGGUUGCUGUACUUUUUUUGAUUGGCCAAGGUCUUGAAUCUCCAAAUGUGAUAGGUGAGUUACUGGAUAUUGAAAGAACACCAAGGAAACCUCAAUACACAAUGGCCCCCGAGAUUCCACUGGUUCUAAGGUCGUGUGAAUUUCUGGGCCUCACGUUUAAGUGUUCAUCAGAUGCCGCCCAAGCUCUUCGGACUCACUUGGAGAAGGAAUGCCGAAGUUAUAAACUUCAAGCGGCAAUCUUUCACGAGGCCCUGCUAAGUUCUUCUUGUGCCUUAUAUGAAAAUAAUCAGCUAAAUAAUAGAACAAAAAAGAAGGAAUCUGCUCACAUUCCCCUAUUGUCACGGCCAACAGAGCCCACUUACGAAGAACGACGUGCUAAACUGAAUGAUGGGCUUGGAAGAAAGGCAAAACCGAAAAUCCCUGUUCUUGGCACCUAA